UAGGAGUUUUGCCUAGCAUGAGUCAGCACUGCCCUGGGUAACCGGCUCUGCUCUGUUGCAAUCUUGCUUACCAAAGAUACAUCCCCAGGCGGCACCAUUCACUCUGCCUGAAAGCUGCUGCUGUUGGUUCCUGAGAUGAUCUCAUCUGGAUAGGGCUCCAACAACCUCAGAAGCAGGAGCUGACAGCAGCUUGCUGUCUACCGUGGCAAUGUUUUGAAACAAGCAAAAUCAGGCACUCCAUUCUACAGAGGAGGAGCAUGAAGUGUAAGGAAGCUGAUCACUUUGACUGAAGUCACACAGGAGGAACUAUUUUAUCAUGUGGGCAACCUGCUGCAACUGGUUCUGCCUGGAUGGACAGCCUGAGGAGGUCCCACCACCCCAGGGAGCCAGGGCACAGGCCUAUUCCAACCCAGGGUACAGCUCCUUCCCUUCCCCAACAGGCUCGGAACCCAGCUGCAGGGCCUGUGGGGCCCACUUCGCAAGCACAUCCCGGAAGCAGCAAACCUGUUUGGAUUGUAAGAAACAUUUCUGCAUGACCUGUUCAAGCCAAGAGGCGAAUGGGCCUGGCCUCUGCCUUCUCUGCCAACGGUUCAGAGCCACAGCCUUUCAGCGGGAAGAGCUCAUGAAGAUGAAAGUGAAGGACUUGAGGGACUACCUCAGUCUCCAUGACAUCUCUACCGAAAUGUGCCGGGAGAAAGAAGAGCUGGUGUUCUUGGUGCUUGGUCAGCAACCUAUGAUCUCUGAGGAGGACAGGACUCGUGUCCCCACCUUGUCCCCAGACUUCCCUGAGCAGCAAGCCUUCCUGACUCAGCUGUACACUGGCACAGUACCUCCUACCUCACCCAGCCUCCCUUCUUCACCUGCACAAGCCACCUCUGUUUUCCCACCCCAGGCUCAGGAAAAUCAGCAGGCCAAUGGCCGUGUGUCUCAUGACCAAGAGGAGGAGCCCGUCUACAUGGAGAGCACAGCCAGAGCACCUGCUGAGGAUGAGACACAGUCCACUGACUCAGAGGAUAGCUUUGUCCCAGGCCGGAGGGCCUCACUGUCUGACCUGACCCACCUGGAGGACAUUGAAGGCCUAACAGUGCGGCAGCUAAAAGAGAUCCUGGCUCGCAACUUCGUCAACUACAAGGGCUGCUGUGAGAAGUGGGAGUUGAUGGAGAGGGUGACACGGCUGUAUAAGGAUCAGAAAGGACUCCAGCAUCUAGUACUUGGUGCCGAAGAACAAGACGGGGGAGCAAUGCCAUCUGGCGUAGAGGAGAACCUGUGUAAGAUCUGCAUGGACUCACCCAUUGACUGUGUUCUGCUGGAGUGUGGGCACAUGGUAACCUGUACGAAGUGUGGCAAGCGCAUGAAUGAAUGUCCCAUCUGCCGGCAGUAUGUGAUUCGAGCUGUGCACGUCUUCCGAUCCUGAGGACUCGCACCGGCUUCUUCAGUGCCUUAGAGAUAUAGCCCAGGGUAUCUGGGUUCAGGGUUGGUCAAGUUGCAGAGGCAAGCUAACUAAAUAAAUUUUGCAGUGCUCCCAAGACCAGGGCAAGCAAGGAUGCUCUGUCAUCCUUGGGCAUGCCUGUCUGGUACAGGGUGCCCCUCUUGGCUGACAGAGUGGCUGAGGCCAGUAGGAACUGCUACAGAUGACAUGGGUGAGUGCCUAUUUUAGUGAUCUUGGGAGUAAUGAUAGUAACUGAUGAACAGACUUUCCAGAACAUGGACCAUGUCUUCCUUCCUCUGAAAGCCUAAAAACAUUUUUACUCUUCUGUAUCCCACUCAUCCCCUGGAAAUGCCUGCCUUUACUUCACCAAUCAGAAGUCCUGCUAGAAAUGGUUUCUUCUCCUCUGUACAUCUGGAUUUAAAUUUCUGGUUUCUCUAGCUGUGUUUUAAUUUAUCUUUAAAGUUUCUUGCUAUAUUGCCUAAAAUUCAUGUUUCUUUGGACCAAAAAUGUUACUUUAUCAGACCAAAUGUGCUCCUUAGGACAGAAUUUGGAACAGUGAACAAAUUUUCUCUGGUGAGAAAUGAAACACAAAUAUUGUUUUGAGUUGCUUCCUUAAGUGUUGGGAUUGGAAACUGUCAGACUCCUGACCUGACCCUGGAAACCAACAAAGCAUCUGGUUUCCAAACUGCUAAGAAGUUCCAGAAUAUGUAUGCAAAGGAUGUGCAUGGAUCAUCUCUGUUGCUUUUUUUUUUUUUUUUUUUUUUUUUUUUUUUUGAGGCUUGACUUUGCACCAUCCUUUACUUCAAAUUUUAAGAGUGAAGUAUGGGGUAGAGGCAGUGGUCUUCUGCUUAACUUUGACUUGUUAUUUUUCUAACUGGCAGGUGUGUUAAACAUUUUAAUGAGUGCUUCCCUUUUCCAACAAGGUUUUUUAAUCUUGGUCUCAUUAAAGGCAUGGAGACUAGGUAAGAGGUCUUACUCUUCUCGAACUUCUCAUGAAGUUCAGUACAGAGGUGUAAGACAGAGUAGCUAAGAGGUACUGGAAAAUACUAAGGCUGAAUUCUGCUGCACUUUCAUUUCUUUCUCAGUCCACUGACUUGGGGGCAAGAUGAAAGGUUAAAGAUCUUUUGGCCCUUUAUAAAGGACUAGGUAAUAAGUAUUGAUGCUUUUUGAGCCUUCUUCAGGAUCUUUAUACCACUGGAGAAGCUAUAGGGCUUGAUACAGAAGCUGAGCAAAGCACAAAACACAUGUCGUCAGAAGAGCUGUGUCUAUUACUAAUGAUGAACUAUGCUUACCACCCCUUCCCUGUCCCCCUAUACAGACUGUGCAGCUGAGGUCUAGAUUAGAAGGACCAACUGACUGCAAAGCCAACGGAAACUUCUAGCAAGACCUAUUAUAUUGGUACAUACUUGUGCUUUCCCUCUAUCAAACACUAACACCUCUUGGGGGAAUUAAUUUCAUAAAGUAGUUGUCAGUGGAACACUGUCAUAAAGUAGUUGUCAGUGGAACACUGGGCCACUUACCUGGACAUUGUACUAAGUCCAGAUGAUCUCAUUCUGGGUGCCUUUGUAGGAAUUGGGGAAGCAGACAUUUUCCAAUGAAGACUUGCCUUUCACCUUUCUGCUAGACAAUAAGUACUGUAGUUUCUGAUGCCUACUAGUUUUCAAAGGCUCACUGGAUCAGCUGCUCCUCAAUUCCACUGUGAAACAGGUCUGUGUAUAUGCAUUUUAGUUAAGAUCUAGCAGUAACUUCAAGGCAGAAGCUAAGCUGGCUUUCCCCCACCUCACAACUUGCUUUCUCUGCUGAAGCCUUACCUCCCCUACCUCCAACUUCUUCCUAGACAGGAACUGAAAAAAUACUGGAGCUGGUUAGUAAACUCAGCAGGAAUUAGAAUUGAUGUCAUUUACUCAUUUUGAAAGAAUUUGCCUAUCUUUUGGUGGUUUCCAUUUGGGAAAAAAGGUGUCAAACAACCCCGAUUUUUUGUUAUCUUUAUUAUACCAAAUAAAAAUUGGCAGUUUCAAGAUCCCAUUCCAGUUAAUAUCUAACCCCGGCAGAAAACCUGUUUUAUUCUUGAAUUCUUUUUGUCCCUCAUGAAUUCUUGGUCUUAAUUAUCAUGGAAACAUCUAAUGCUUUUGAUUAGCUUUUGCUGUGAUUGUUCUGAGAUUUCAGUUGAGACUUGUUUUAAAAGAACUUGCACAGCUGACUGCUUCAUAUGUUAGAAUAGUUGGGUCCAAACUAAUAAGUUGUACAGGAAUUAGUGCUCAAUAUAUAUUGUACAAAUUUGUUGAAAUCUCCUGGAUGUCAAUGUGUUAUUUCAAGUGGCUUAUAUUAAGAUUCUGAUUUGGGUGUGGAAGCAAACCCAAAUAUGUAUUUUUUUGUUACAGAGCUCUGCUUUAUAAUUUUGUAAUAAAGUUUCAAUAUAGAUGCCUGGUCUGAGGAUGCCAGAAGGUCUGAUGAUUUACUGACAAAAGAACCGAUACAACAUAGGCAAAUCCCAGGCCAGGUACACAUAGGUGUGUUCUUGUGAUUCCAUUAUUUCUGGAGAUGCUUGGAUCUGUGCCCUUGGUGAAGAUAUCCCGGCUCGUUGUUGUUGUGA